AUGUACUUUGGCCCAAGGCAACUGAAGCCAACAACAUUCCCUACUCUACGCAUGUACUUUGGCCCAAGACUCGAGCCCAAACUACAAUGUCUCGAGCUCGUCCAGCAGCAGCAGCAGCAGCACGAGAAGCAGCAGUUUAGCAUCGCCUACCGGAGACAUACCCGCGUGCAGUCAGCGGUCUCAAAGCUCACUCACGAGCGCAUCAUCAGUAGACAGCAGCACGUCUCAGACUGUCCACGGCAGUCUCCCUUUGUUCCUACAGUGACUGCAAUCUCAGCCUUCUCGGAUCUGCAGUGGAUGGUCCAACCGACCACCGUCAUCUCAGCAUCUGCCUCCCCCUCCUCCCCCUCCAGCGGCGCAAAGCCUACAAGAGCUCAUGGCGCAACCCAGUCAUCUUCAAGAGCGGGAGGGAGCAAGGAACAAUCCACCAACAAGAAAGGGAAAAAACAGGCUACAUCAGAAGAGGAUGAGAGGAGGAAGAUCAGGAGAGAGAGGAAUAAAGUGGCCGCGGCCAAGUGUCGCAACAGACGGAGGGAGCUCACCGACACCCUGCAAGCCGAAACUGAUCAGCUUGAAGAGGACAAAGAGGCCUUGCAGACAGAGAUAGCCCACCUCCUGAAAGAGAAAGAGAGUCUGGAACAGAUCCUAUCCGCCCACCAGCCAGCCUGCAAACUAGCCGCCGCUGAAGACAACAACGUGGAAGAAGACAUCGAUGAAGACAUCGACGAAGACAUCGACGAAGACAUCGACCGCAUGCUCCAGGACCCUCCGGAUUCCCCCCAGCUGCUCUCCAUCUUGGAGAACGAAGACAAACUCCAACUCCCAGAGGGAAAUGCAACACUAGUGACUGUGUCCGACACUCCUUCGCUUCAGGACAUGGAAACUGUUGUGGUCCCCUCGAGCAUCUCCAUCUCUGCCUCGGCCAUCUUGGGUAACUCCAACAUCCUGCUGUGCUCCAGCGCUGAGGAAGAACCCAUGGAUGACCUAAACUUCGACCAAGAUGACUUAGACGAUCUGGUCCCUAGCCUGGAACUCAACAUGGCUGUGGCCCCUCAGAACGCCCCGUCUGUCCCCGACAUCGACCUCCUCGGGGGCCCCUUUUGCCUCUCAGACUGGGAGACUCUGUACAAGUCGGUGUCCAACAAUCUGGAGCCUCUCUGCACCGCCACGAUGAUGUCUUCCAGUGACAGUCCUACCUGUAGCAGUUACCGCUCUGUGUUUAGUUUGAAUUACUCAGAGAUAGACUCUUUGGCGGGGACAGGAGUUGCAACUCCAGCUCUGAGGCCCUCAAAGGAGGUGUUGGUGGUAGAUCUGAUUUGAUGAACU